AUGAAUAUUAUUUGCUGGAAUGCUCGGGGCUUGAGCAAUCCAAGAGCAUUCCGUCAACUUCGCAUGCUCGUUUCUCAUCAUAGUCCUGAUGUUGUUUUUAUUAUGGAGUCAAAGCUUAGAAUAGGGUCUCUUUCUAAAUUCCGUAAUGUAUUAAAGUUUCCUAAUGGUAUUGAAGUUCCUAGAGUUGGUCUUAGUGGGGGUCUUUUAUUUCUUUGGAAAUCUAAUGUAAAUGUAUCUAUGAUUAAUUAUGGUAUAAACUUUGUUGAUUGUUACAUGGGUUUUGUUGAUGGUCCUUCUUGGCACUUUUCGGGUUUCUAUGGUGCUCCCUCUAUUUCUCAGAGGCAAUUCACUUGGGAAUUGCUAAAAAAAUUAAAAGAUACUGCUCCUUUAUACCCGUGGCUUGUCAUGGGCGAUUUUAAUGAAGUCCUCUCUCAAAGUGAUAAACUUGGUGGUCCAUUACGUUGUGAAAACCAGAUUGAUGCUUUCCGAGAUGCCAUUGAUUUUUGUGAACUUCAUGAUCUACCUUACAAUGGUGAUAGAUUUACUUGGCACAAUAACCAUUCUCAAACUUCAAAUGUUAAGGAAAGACUUGACUAUGGGUUCACUAAUACUUUCUGGGCUGAUUCUUUUAUUACUCAACCUGUUUCUCAUUUGGAUUUCUUUGGUUCGGAUCACAGAGCCUUGUUGUUUUCGGUUGCCAUCCCCAAUGUGCAAUCACAGCCGAGAUUCAAGUCAAGAUUCAGGUUUGAACAAAUCUGGUUGCAGGAGGAAAAAUGUCAUGAUAUUAUACUGGAACAGUGGAAGAAUUCGGCUACUGACCCUACUAAUCAGGUGCUGCAGAAUAUUUCUAAUUGUGCAUCUCAGCUUCAGCGUUGGCACCAUUCAAAGUUCAGUUAUAUGCCGAAAAAAAUCAAGAUUUCCCAAGAUAAAGUGGCUGCUCUUAAUAAUAAGCAUGACACGAGUAUUGAACAUUUUGAAGAGCUUCGCAUGAGUGAAUCAAUCCUUGAUGAGUUACUAACUAAAGAAGAGGAAUACUAG